AUGCCGCCAAAACGUACUCCAACGAAGAACACUCCUGCGAAGGAGAAAAAGGUGGAAGUAGAUGCCCGCAAAGAGGAGUUGGGCGCCCUAGUCCACCUCCGAGGAAAGGCGGUGGAGAAGCUAAACCGUCUCAAGGAGAAGCUCGACACCCUGUCGCAGCCGGAGCGCACUGUCCCGACAGUCAAGCUCAACCAACGUAAGCUGGAGAUGGCCUACUCGGAAUUCUCCACCAUCCAUGAGAAAGUCAUCACCCUGGUGGAUUCCGCCGAGCGAGACCCGCACGAUGACCUUCAACUUAGCGUCGAGACUGCCUACGACAGAAUCUUCGUUACGCUCGAGAAGUGGACGCAGGAACUGGUUCCCGUUACUGCAGGUCCAUCGAACGCCGUCGUACCGGCCGUCCAGCAGCCAGUUGUCAUCCAACAGCUGCCUCGGAUUCUUCCUAAGUUCGACGGUAAAUAUGAAAAUUGGGAAAAAUUCAAGGUCAUAUUCCGGGACGUCGUGGACAAAUCCAACGAGUCACCCCGCAUGAAGCUCUACCGGUUGGAGGAUGCCCUGGUCGGAGAAGCAACUGGGUCGGUAGACGCGAAAACCAUCCAGGACGGGAACUACGACCUCGCCUGGGCGCAACUGGAGGAGAAGUACGAGAACAAGCGACGAAUGAUCGACCUUCACAUCAGUGGCCUGUUAAAGGUGCGGAAACUGACCCAAGAGAGCCACACCGAGCUGCGGUCUCUUGUCGAAAGCGUUGUCAGCCACGUCGAGAACCUCAAAUUCCUUGGUCAAGAGUUCUCCGGCGUAUCCGAGCUGAUCGUCACACAUCUGGUAGCUCAAGCACUCGAUGGAGGGACCAGGAAGCUGCUAGAGUCAACGAUCAAGAAAGGUGAGCUGCUGAAAUACCCCGAGACGAUCCAAUUUCUCAAGGAUCGCGUCUCAGUUCUGGAGAGAUGUGGGACCACCUUCGACGCAGCACCGCAGCCAAGUCCGCAGCAGAAACCCCGAGCAGACUCCAUCGAACAACCGUACCAGAUCGCUAACACAGCUAUCAAGUCGCAGCUGGGACCUCAGUGUGACUUGUGCGAAGACACCCACCUUACCUUCAAGUGCGCUGCCUUCAAUGCCCUUCGAGUGGACCAGCGCAUGGAGAAGGUCAGAGAAAAGCGCGUCUGCUUUAACUGCCUGCGCGCUGGGCACGGCGCUAAGAAAUGCAGACGAGCGAGCUCGUGUGGUAAGUGCCAACGCAGACACCACACUCUUCUACACGACUUCUACCGGAAGUCAACCGCGCCGCAGAGACCAGCUUCUGCUAUGCGCCAACCCGUUGAAACACUUCCGCCAGCGAAAGUGCUCGACAGCCCCUCCCCGAUGCUUCAAACUGCGGUCGUCGAUCUGCGCGACGACAACAACCGACCUGUGCCGUGUCGCAUCUUGCUGGACUGCGGAUCACAGGUAAAUUUUAUUUCCACCUCGAUGGCAAAUCGCCUAAAUCUGAAAGGGGUUCCUGCAAACGUCCCGAUCUGCGGCAUCGGAGGUGAAGGGAUUAACACCAGGGAGUCAGUGAUCGUGCAGCUUCAGUCCCGGUACAGCGAAUUCACAGCGGACGUGGAGUGCUUGGUCGUCCCGAGAGUGACCGGAAAAAUUCCUCCGUCUCCAGUCAAUGUCAACGAUUGGCCAAUUCCGAAGGGUUUCCAGCUAGCCGACCCAAAGUUCCACACUCCCGACCGCAUUGACAUGCUCGUUGGUGCAUCGCUGUACUUCCGCCUGUUGAAACGAGGAUUCGUUUACAUGUGGGACAACUACCCGGAACUGCGUGAGACUCACCUGGGUUGGGUUGUCGUCGGAGGUGCUGAAGGAACUGCCACCACUCAGCCGCUCGCGAACACAGCAGUACUGGAGGCCAAAAAGCCACAUCAAGGGACAGCACUGGAGAAAGCUUCUGCUGGGAUUUCCCCCAGCCCGGGGGGAGGAUGUUGGAGCCCCAACGUGUAA